AUGCUUGGAGCUGCACCGUUUCAGGACAGCUGGCAGCUUUGCAAGCAUGGGAUGACCAAUCGCAGCCACAUCGCACCAGCAGCGCUGGAGCGGGCCUUUCCGGACUUCAAUUGUCACCGGGUGCAAGGUGGACGAUGGCGCAGCUUGCGGGAAGAUUUCGAAGAAUUGUUGGCUGUCGGGCCCAAUGGUGUUCGAUCUGAAUCCGCACGCGAGUUCAAGCUCCGAUGGCGCCGAGGAGUACGCAGGCUGGCGCUACACCAUGGUUUCGGCCAUGGUAGCCAUCCUGCAGCCGCCAAUUUUUCCAUGGUUGCUUUGAGGAGGUCAUGCCCCCUGGGAGCCGCUACCUUGGCUUUGGUGGAGUUGCUGAGCGGUUUGCUCAGAUUUGUUGAGUUUCACCACCGAAGGGGGCGUGUUGGUGCUGGGGGUGAAGUGCAGGAUGUACAGGCCCAGCUUCAGCGCGCAUUGCAAGAGUUCUCUUCAGCUCUGAGUCUGGUGCGCAGACCGUGGCUCUUGGUUUUUCUGCUGCCUGCCACCCGGUGGCCGGUGCUGGACCUAUUGUUAUCCAUGGAGCGGCACGUGCUGAGUUCACCCACGGCUACGGCGCAGUGCAUGCAGAGAUCGUCGCGACCUUCAGGCUUUGAAGCCUUGCAACCGCUGCUGCAACGCAUCUCCCACAGCAGUUGGGGCGAUGACAGCACUGCACCCAAGGUGCAUGGCUUCAUUGGCUCCAAUGAAGUCUCGGAACUGCUGAAGAGGGCUGUACAUGAACUCUCUUCCGAACAAUACGCAUUCGUGCUGCAGCAGGGAGAGCGGUGUCGUCCAUUGGCGAUGCAACAGCGCAUGGUGACUGGCUUGGUGCUCUUGGAGACCAAUGUGCUUAUAGCUGGAGCAGAUCCAGAAACCUGGUUUCGUGAGAUGGAGGACGAGCUACGCGACUUUGUCGCCAGCCAGGACCUGUGGCAACGGUUGCUCGGAAUGCCCUUCGCGACUUACCCCUUCUUCGGUUUCUGGCUGCGCUUGCGGAGGUUGGACCUUCCCUUCAACUCUGUGGUGCAGACAGGGCCCCAGAUUCACAGGCUGGCAGACCUGUUCUCAAUUGCGCUGAAGCCCGCACCACAAGGUGGCCACGCCGCCAUGUCCACGGACAUGGUCCCCUGGGUGACAGCCUUUGAGAGGAGUCCACCCAGAUUCGGGCGACCUGCAGUGAGAAACCUAGCUGGCAACCUGCUCCUGAAGCUGACCCUUCCAGAGUCACUUGAAGAAUUGAAAGAGCGCGCCAGCGCUGUCUGUGGCAUGCCGCCAGGAUUGCUGAGGUUUGUCAAGGACAAUGAGCCUCUGAAAAGUCUGGAAGAUAUCACUGGGGGCAUGGAAUUGAUGAUGAUGGUGGAUGAAAGUCCAUACUACUCUUGGAAUAUUGCCGGAAAUCCUGACAGUCACUUUCUCACUGGCUCUGACACGACUGUGGAGUUCUUCGACCUGAAGAACAUGUCAGCUCCGGACUAUGUCAAUGUGCUGAGUCAGGUGCCAAUUCAGCAAGGCGUGCAUUUUGUGGAGUUCAUCAUGCACUCCCUUCAAGAUGAACAGUGGUGCGGCGUAACCUGCUUCGCAAGCAGGGCAGGAUGCAGAGGUGGAGACGUGCCGGGCUGCUAUUACUAUUCCGGACUGUUGCUGGAUGCCGACCGUGGGGCAGCCCUCUUCUCAUUGAACGGCAGUCGACAAUUCUGUGGCCGCUCCAAGAGAUGCUUCCUAUGUAUGGGCCUUCCCGCGGCGAUUUCGUUGAUCGCCCUGGUCUGGGGCAACAGCAGGUGGAUGAGCCAGUUCGAUCCUGGCAACAUCCGAGCCAGCUUGCAGAUGGAAGCUUCGGUGGUCGUGGAAGCAACCCAGGAACGUGCGCUGGCAGCAAAGAACAGCCGGCUUUGCAACAUUUUUACGUAUUUGGACAGUACUUCGGUGGAGCUGUUCCACGUUCUCACUGUAGAGUCGUGGCGACGGCAUGCACAUGGACUUUGCAACGAACCCAUCCUGAUCAAUGACAUGAAUGUUCGAAUCUACGUGCCGGACAUGCCGGAGGAGUAUUUCCGCUUGCCUUAUCCAGCGGCCAAAGCUGACAUGCUGCGUUACGGGCUUCUGUACCACCAUGGUGGCAUUUACUUUGAUUCAGAUGUGUUGGUUGUGAAGGAUUUGGACGAAGUGAUCCAGCUAGCAGCAGAGAAAGGGAUGGUCUCAUACAUGGAUCAAAAGGAUUCAUCCAAAAGUUGUGGUGAAAGCUUCGCUUCCGACUUCGUGGGCGGCCAAAAGGGCAGCCCUUUCUUCAAGGAAGUGUGGAGAAAGCAGAAGGCAGCUGUGAGAAAGCGGUGUCCAAAGUCUGACACGUCUCAGGAGACACUCUGCUGCUAUGACAAUGAUGAUGCGCCCUGCAACAUCCCCUGGAACCAGCUGGGUGAAGGCAUUGCACACUCUACUGGUAAGUCAGGGAUCUCGACGCACUGCUUUGUCGGAGACACAUCCUUCACGCCAUCUGGAUUUGUUGAUGCUCUUGAGAAGUUCAAUGGAGACACAAGCAAGGCAGAAGAACACAUGAAGUCAAAAGGAGCUGCCCAUGUUCUGGAGCGGACGGCGUACCACACCUUCAAGGCGAUCUUACAGUGGCCGUCGAGCUGCAAGCAUUUUCGCGACAGGUCCACUCUGUUGGGAGAACUUUUCAGCCGAAGUUUCAGUUCCAGUCAUGGCCAGAGGCCGCCGCCUGCAGUGGCGACCACGUCUCUGUUUCUGAAGCGGCAUCCCGAGUUUGCGGCUCUCAUUCGCAAAGAAGGGCAAGUGCCAUGCUGGUCCAAGGGGUGGCACGAUGCGUUGUCAGAUGAUGUGCCGGCUGUGUCUCUAGAGGUGUCCAAACAACAGCCAAGUGAAACUCCGGCAAAGAAUUGCAAGAUCUUCACGCUUUGGGAAUACAAGGACGCCCCUCUCUAUGCACGGCUGAAUGUGGAGAGCUGGCGACGGCAUACGCGCGAGCUUUGCGAGGAACCCAUCCUGGUGAAUUCCAAAAAUGUCAUGAAGUGGAUUCCGGACAUGCCAAAGGAGUUCUUCAGAUUUCCAUACCAUGCAGCCACCUCGGAUUUGAUCAGAUAUGGGCUGCUGUAUCAUCAUGGAGGUAUCUACAUGGAUGCAGACUUCAUUGUCCUCAAAGAUCUGACGCCCGUGAUCCAACGCCUGGAUGAUCAUGAUCUCAUCUCCUAUGCCACCAACAGCAACGCAGGUGGCGUUUGUUCUGAUAGCUUCAGCUCCAACUUCAUUGCGGGUCGCAAGGGAAGUAUCUUCAUGAAGAAGAUGUGGGACAAGCAGAAGGCGAUGAUCACGAAGCACUGUCCUUUGUCGGACAAAACGAAAGAGAUCGUUUGCUGCUUUGACGAUCCCAAGGUGGAAUGUCACGUCCCUUUUGCUGGAAUUGGUGAAGGUACAUCACAUCCCAUGCUGAACAAGAUGCUGAAGGACAAGGUUCCCAUGAAGACCUAUUGCUUCGCAGAUGAGGAGUCCUUUGUUCCAGAUCAUUUCGCGUAUGUCUUGGAACACGUGCCUGACCUUCAAGAAGCUCAGAGCUACAUGGAGAAACGGGGCAUCAAAAAAGGCUUGGACCGGAUGGCUUUUCAUAUGUUCAACUCCAUCAUCCCAUUGAAGACCUACAACUGCCAGAAGCUUUUUACCAAGGGCACCACCGCGGGCCAUCUCUACCUGACCUCCUUUAGUACGGGCCAUGGUAAGGAACCCAAACCAAAAUCCAAGGAAACUCAGGCCUUCCUGGCUGAGCAUCCAGACUUUGCCGAGUUCCAACAAAGCCACAAGGGUGGCUGGCCCUGCAAGUCGGCUCACAAGGCGGCUCCAGCUGUUUCGGACUUCGCCGGCGCGCCUGCGCCGGCACACCCGGCGCCUGUCGCCGCGGCACCGGCGGUACCGGCGAAGGAUGCGGGCGUGAUGGAAGUGGUAAACACAGGCUCAACAUCGUGCAAGAUCUUCACCUGGUGGGAGUAUGAGGGAUUGGGCCCCCUCUACCUGCGCAUCAACGUGGAAUCCUGGCGGCGGCGUGCGCCUCAAUGCUCCGAACCGGUGCUGUUGACGGCUGCCAAUGUACGGGAGCACGUGCCAGACGUGCCGGAGGAAUUUUUCCGACUUCCCUAUCCGGAGGCGCGGGCUGAUUCCAUCCGAUGGGGUGCCAUCUAUCACAAUGGCGGUGUCUUCUUGGAGCCGGAUGUGCUGAUGGCAGGGGAUAUCUCCACCAUUCUUGAGAAAUUGGACUCAUAUGACCUGAUUUCCUCGCAAGAAGAUCCGGCCGAAGAACAAUGCACUGAUCAAUUCAAUCCAGCCAUCAUUGCUGGCCCGAAGGGCAGCCCGUACUUGAAGGCAGUGUGGGAAGCUCACAGGACCAAAAUGGUGAAACACUGCCCUUUGAAAGAUAAAGAGAAGGAGAUCAUUUGCUGCUUCGAUGAAGUGAAGGAGAACUGCCAUGUGCCUUGGCUGUCCAUGAACAGAGGCAUCGCUCACCCCGUCCUGCGCGAGUGGAAGAAAAACGGCAAACUCAACAGCUAUUGUUUCUACAGGGGCGAUGCUUUCCAGCCGAACCAGCUGGGAGAGGUGGUGCGUCAGCGCUGGGAGCUGGACCGUGCUCGGAAGUUCUGGGAGAAGCGAAAUGUGGAGAGGCCCUUGGAGAGGAUCCUGUACCACUUCCAGCAGCAUGGCAUGCAGCUGCAGGAGUUGGAUUGUGCGAAGCUCUUCAAUACUUCAACUGCUAUUGGAGCUCUUUAUGCUGGAGCAUUUGCGGCUGAAGCCAGCAAACCUUUGACAAGAUCUGACUCAAAAGAGACGGCAAAAUUCUACCGCGACAAUCCUUUCAUGAAGAGUGUGAACCACGAAUUUCAGGGUGGCUUGCCUUGCAAGCAAACUGGACCACCAGCCCUACCGACACUGCCUCCGGACUUUGGAGGUAAGAAGGCCUGUCGGAUUUUCACCCUCUGGGAGUACCCAGAAGGAGGAGUGCCUGUCUUCAAGUUGCUGAAUAUUGAGUCGUGGCGGCGGCACACCCAUGGACUUUGUCAGGAGCCCAUCUUGAUCAAUGACAAGAAUGUAAAGGAAUGGAUUCCAGACAUGCCGGACGAGUACUUUAGGAUGCCAUCGCCAGCUCCCAAGUCGGACUUGAUUCGCUAUGCCUUGCUGUACCACCAUGGUGGCCUCUACAUGGAUGCCGACUUCGUUGCAGUGAAGGACAUGGAUCCCAUCGUGGCGUUGCUGGAGACCCAUGAUUUCAUCUCCUACCAAGAGAAGGGAGAAGCGGGUCAAGCAUGCUCUGCAGCCUUCAGCUCCAAUCUCAUCGGUGGGAGGAAGGGGAGCCUGGUGCACAAAUACAUCUGGGAGCAGCAGAAGGAGAAGAUGCAAGUCCGCUGUGUCAAAGGUGUGACGAAUCAGGCUUGCUGUUAUGACUCGAAAAAGGUGUGCAACGUCCCGUGGGCAUCGUUGGGGGAAGGUGUUUCACAUCCGGCCUACAAUGAUUUGCUGAGAACAGGCGACAUUUUCGAGACCUUCUGCUUUGCGGAUGAGUGGACCUUUGUUCCGGACCAUUUUGCGUAUUCGGUGGAGCAUAUCCCAUCCAAAGAUGAGGCAUUGAAAUACAUGACGGAAAGAGGCAUCCAGAAGCCGCUAGACAGGAUUGUGUACCACUUGUUCAACGCCAUCACUCCGCUGAAAACCUGGAAAUGCAUGGCCUUACUGGAUCCCCGACGACUCAUGGGAUAUUUGUACACCGAAAGCUUCAAGUCGGAGAACGGCCGUCGACCUGUUGCAAAAAGUGAGGAGUCCACAGCUUGGCUCAAGGCCCAUCCUGAGUUUACCAAGUACCAGCAGGUCUACAAUGGAUGGCAACCCUGCCCGGGUCCUGUGGGAACCACACCUGAGCCCACUGCUGAGAUUCAGGAGGAGGCCGACGGUGGCUGCAAAAUCUUCACACUUUGGGAGUACAAAGCGGGACCACCUUUGUCUGUGGCGAUCAACGUUGAAGGCUGGCGGCGGCAUUCAGGAGGUCGCUGCGCGCCAGUGCUGAUCAAUGACGAAAAUGUUCUGACCUACCUGCCAGACAUGCCGAAGGAGUACUUCAGAAUGCCGUACUCCCAGGCCAAGUCUGACAUCAUCAGGUAUGGGCUCCUUUAUCAUCACGGUGGCAUUUAUAUGGACACCGAUUUUCUGGUGGUCAAGGACCUGGAUGAAAUCCUGACUUUGAUCAGAUCCUUUGAUCUGGUUUCCUACGUAGAUGAAGGGGGCGGCAGCCUGGAAAAAGGAGCCUGUUCCCGGCACUUCAGCUCCAAUUUCAUGGCUUCCCGCAAGGGCAGUAGCUUCAUGAAGGCCGUGUGGGAGAAGCAGAAGCAUCACAUGGUCACUCACUGCCCACUCUCAGAGAGGGAGCUGGAGAAAGUGUGUUGCUUCGACAGUGUGAACGUGGACUGCCAUAUUCCUUGGGCAGGAAUUGGCGAAGGUGUGUCACACAAAGUCUUCGAUGAACUAGAAGGUGAAGGAAUUCACUUCAAAUCCUUCUGCUUUGCGGAUGACAGGGGCUUCACCCCGCCUGACAUGAUCACCUUGCUGGACAAGUCAGCAGACUUCGCCUCGCGCGCGUGGAAGCAGAUGGGCAAGGCAACCAGCAGAGAUCCAUGGGGUCGAAUCAUGUACCACACCUUCAACUCCAUCAUGCCAUGGUCAGGCUAUUCAUGCAGGCAGAUCUUCAACCAGUCUUCGGUCUAUGGAAAGCUGAACUAUUUGAGCUACACCACCGGAAAGGGGGCCUUAAGCUUGCCAGCAACUGAGGAAUACAUUCGAUGGCUCAAAAAGUACAAAAUGAAACGCCUCUCUGACAACAGUGAUGGCUUGCCGUGCAGCUAG